AUGGUCAUGGGGGCCUUUUCCGAGGCCAGGAACUGGGACCUCGAUAUUGAUGGCUACCUCAACCGCAUUUUGCCUCCGUCGCCGCUGCAUAAGUUCCCGGCUCCUGUGUCGAGGUUCCUUGGGUACAGGAAGGAGGCGCGGCAGGAUGUUGGUAACAUCCUCGGAGCCUUCUGGUCCAUGUUGGGUGCGUUUUGCGGACUUGGUGUUGUGGCUGCUGUGUUCAACAAGACCGAGAGCAUACAGUGGCAUCACCCGCCUGCGCUGAUUGCUUCGUUUGGUGCGUCCGCUGUGCUGGAGUACAACUCUAUCCGAUCACCUCUUGGUCAACCUCGCAAUGCCCUGUUGGGUCAUACCUUCUCAGCACUCAUUGGCGUUAGCAUAUCGAAGCUCUUUCAAUACCAUUCCGACUAUGACUCGAUCAGAUGGAUUGCUGGUGCCGUGGCUUGUGGUUGCGCGUCCGCCGUCAUGCUCUUGACCAACACUGUGCACCCACCUGGAGGCGCGUCCGCUGUGUUGGCGGCAACAGAUCCUGGCAUCACAGCGAUGGGCUGGUACUUUGUCGGGCUGGUCAUGUGGGGCACGACGUUGAUGCUGAUAGUCGGGCUGUUUAUCAACAACAUCCAACGACAAUUUCCAGUCUAUUGGUGGACACCGUUGGACUUGCGAAAAGCAAGGGUGAAAGACGAAGAGGUCAUACCGGACGGCAGGGGCGGCUUGGAACGAAGAAAGACGACAGAAGAGCAGCACUAUAGCCAGGAAGGAGAGCGAAUAGAGAUCAAUGGCGCCGAAGUCAUCUUGCCAGAGGACUUGAGCCUGAAUGCAGAGGAAGCAGCAGUGUUAGCAGGGCUGAGAGAGCGGCUUCGCAAAAGAGUUGAUGCAGAAGAGAUGGAGGAUCCCGAGAAACGGGGUACGGACAGCGCCCAUUCCCACACCAUGCGGAGCUACAGUGAAAGUGGGAGUAGCCGGACAGAGUCUGGUAUAUAG